GCUGCAACUUUCCCUGCUGCAGAUUUGCUGUAAACUACCUUCGGUAGCUAUAAUGACACCAGCCCUCAGAGAGGCAGCAACAAAAAGUCAUGGUAUCCACUUGUCACCUUCUUUGUCCUCUAGAGCUAUGGAGUCUGAUACAACUUUGUGCAUGGAAAAUCCCAGAGCAGUGGAAGAGAAGCUAAAAGAGGAUUCAAUCACACAGAUUACUUGCUCAGUCCUAGGGUUUCCCACCACUGAACCCAACUACAAUAAUGAUAUCUUCAGUGUAAAGCAUUUUGGUUCUCCACAGUCUUCCAAACAUUAUCAGUCUGUCUUGCUAAUGAGCGCAAAUUCUGCAUUAAAUAGCAAAAACGGUAAGCAAUGGAAAUUGGGAGAACACACGUGCUCCAAGGUGAAAAAUCCGUUACAUAACGGUGUUGCCACAACAUGCAGCCAAAUUAGUAAUUUAGAAGCAGAAGAACAGGUGAAAGGGGAAACUUUAUCGGAGACCAUGACCCAGAGUUUGGAAAAAAUACAGAGACUGUUGGAUUCAAAUGUAACUGAAUCUGGUAACGCAGAAGAAAUGCAGUUUCCAAAUGGGAAAUGGUUCUGGACGAAUGGUUUUUUGGGUAAAGCUUUAGCAAUACACACAGAGACAGAAAAAGGGCCUGCAGCGCACCAAGUUCUGCAUAAUCCUUUGGAAGCAGUUUUGGGCUGCUCUGCCACUAGUAAAGAAGAGGCGUUGAAUGCUCGUUUCCUUCAGUGUGUGAGUAAGCAGCAAGUUCUGUUCAGCCGGACCAAAAAAACUCAGAAACGGUUACAAAUGCUCCUGGGAAAACAUGUUGUCAAACACUGUGACCAGCAGCUGAAAUGCUUGGUGAAACUUCAGCUACAAAAAGUGAAGUUUUUUAAUGACUCAGCCAAAUUGUUGGAUGGUAUCUCCCUUGGAUGCACUGAAAAUAAGACAGAAAACAGUACAGCUAACUUGGAGAAUGAUUCAAGUAACAACACACACAAUGGAUUUUGUGUUGCACCUGGUGAAGUCCAGGGGGUUGCACUCUCUGCUUCAGGGCUGCUGUCUCGUGUGGAGAAAGAUCUGGAUUCUGAUGCAACUUGCAGCAGCAGCUCAGAUGAAGAUUGUGAUGAACAGACUGUCAAGAAAACGAUGGAAGCGAACAAAGUUUUAUCUUCUCCAAAUGUUUUAUCAGUGUCUGGAUUCCACUUCAGCCAGACUGUUAAUGUCCACAUUUCUAUGCAGAACCUCAUUUUCAUCAAGAACAACUGUAGUUCUGAAUGGAAGUGGCUUGCAGACAGAGCUAGAGCUGGCUGCCGCUGGACUUGGCUUCAAGCCCAGAUUUCAGAGCUAGAAUACAAAAUCCAACAACUCACUGACCUUCACAGGCAGAUACGUGCCACCAAGGGGAUGGUGAUCUUAGAAGAAUGCCUGCAUCCAAAAGGCAUUUUGAAGAAGCAAACACAAUUGACAGACCAAGAAGCUUUAUUAAACACUGCAGGGAAUUCUCAAGCUACUCUUAAGAGACAGGAUUCUUUGCCGGAACACGAUUUUGAAAUGUCACCCAGCAGUCCUACUCUGCUUUUACGAAACAUAGAAAAACAGAGUGCUCAGCUGAGUGAAAUCAUCAGUAGUCUAAUUGCACCGUUCAAUCUGUCUCCCACAUCUUCGCCUCUAUCUUCGAAAUCUGGUAAACACAAACAGCUGGUCAAUGGCAUUUCUUUCAGAGCUUCAGACAACAGGGAGGAAAUAUCCUCUAGUACUUGGAUACUUGAUCAGCAACACGUUAAAAAAAGAAGAAAAGAAAGGACAAGGCUGAGAUCUCCAUCUGUAACUCUUGCAAGCAUGUCUGCGCGAACAAGGCCACUUCAGAGAUUCCAGAAGAGGAAAUUAUACAGAAUGAACAAAGGUUGUUGUUGGAAUUCACAGGCUUUGCUGUCAAAAGAUGCCUCAUUUCUAUAUAAUGCACAGCUGCCUUGCAUGGUACCAGCCUCUACCUGGAGCAGUUAUGAGCAGAGUAUGAAAUCCAGAAUACUAAAACAUAUGCCAGAACUGGACUCUUCUUUCCAUCCUGUCUUAUCAUUCCCCUCAGAUAUUCCUAUUCAUAUGUAUUUUGAAGCAUUGUUAAAAAAGGACAAGAUCAAAGCAGAUCCAGUAGACACCUCAGCAUUAGGGGUGGAAUUUCAAACAUCUCCUUCUCGUGAUUAUAAUCAACAUAAUGCUUCUCUGAGACAAUGGAGCAGUGGAUAUUUACCAAAUUCUAAACCUCAAGCAGUAUCAGGAACAUCUGACCAGGUAUCAGAUGGAAGGAAAAAAAGGCAUCUAAGUGAGACAGCAAUAGGAGAAAGUAACAGUAGGUUUGAAGCAUUUUCCUUUCAGCAUACAGGACCAGAAUCCCUUAACAGUUUUACUGCAGUGACCAAUGUCAAUGUGCUAUCUAGAUCCACUUCAUCACAGCAUAAUGCGAGACGGAGAUUGAGAAGUGAGAGCUCAUAUGAUAUAGACAACAUUGUUAUUCCUAUGUCACUGGUCGCACCUUCUAAAUUGGAGAAGCUGCAGUACAAAGAAAUCCUUACUCCAAGCUGGAGAGUUGUUGACCUUCAACAUUUGGAAUGGCCUCCCAUAGGUAAAGAGGAGAUGGAAGACCUCUCAGAUGAAGCUUUUACUGCACGUCACACACAGUAUGAAGAGAGAGAGAAAACAAGAUGGUCAUUGUGGGAGCAGAGCCGCUGGCCUAGAAGGAAUAGCAGAUCUUAUAGCAAAAAUGCUGAUGGACGACAUGGACAAGAUCCAGUACAGAAAGAAAACCAUGGCAACUCCUAUGCUUCUCUGCACUAUUCUGCUGAAGCUACCCCUGAGCUUAUAUCAGAAACUCGCAGUUCUGUGUGCUUAGCGCUCCCACAAACUUCAACAGAAAACCAAGAAGCAAAGUCUGAGCUGUGGGAACUUCGGGUUUUUCCAUUAAAGGAUGAAGAAGUAGAAACCUUACUAUGCCAAGAUCAAAUAACAAAUCAGACCGAAAGUUCAAGUGCAGCUUUCCACAACGAUUCUUUCUGUACUUCAUGUACUCCCUCCAGUUUGUCAAACAAUGGCCAUCCACUGCAAAAACAAUCUUCAGAAGAGCUGGAAGACUGUACUAAUGUUUGCCUGGGAAUCAACAGUAUGAGAAAACACAGGUGACAGGGAAUAAUGUGGUUCACUAAGAAAGCCAGUUAAGGUGGAGAAAAGCGUAAGGUAAAAUCUCUUGUUCACACCACAAAUAACAGCACAAUUCAAAUCCUGUGUCAGAAGCAUAUAAUAUAUUUUCUUUCUUGCUUUGUAACAGGCAGGAAUAAUCCCAAAGGCAACACUUUCUUCUUCCUGAACCACAAGAGAAACUAAUUAUUUCAGCUUGGAAGUCUAAUAUUCCCAGUGUCGGGACUGGGUACAUCUAAAUUGCUGGCACCAUUCACUGCUUUCUUUUGUUAUAGUACCACAUUCUUUAAUAUCCAUCCACUUUUUUUCCAAAUUUUCUUUGGUCUUGAAGGAUUAAGGCAACAAUUUCAACUGAACACAGAAAAACUACUUGAAAAGACAGUAAGGAGGAAGGGGAACUUAAAUAUUUUUUCUUCUGUGGGAAAUGCCUGCCCUAUUUGAAAGGCUCAUCUGUAAUACUUGGAUAUUUGAGAACCUAAACCCUUAUAGUUAACUUGAAAUGUAUUACUUUCGCAGUUCCUGUCAAAGUUGUGGCAAGUUUCAUGGAGAAAUCCUCAAACACUAAUACAGGAAUACAUGAGAAUAUUUCAGUACUUCGUUUAUCUUUAAAAAUGUAGGCAGCUUCCAUUUCAGUCCCUUGGAGGAACCUAGUAGGGGGUGAGGAAAGAGAAGUGAAAUAUCACUGGUGCAUCCUUUUAAAUGUUAUUCUGGAUCACCAGGUGUUUGGAGACCUAACUCCUACAACAGCCAGUGUAUUCUAUAGAACUGUAUUAAAGAGAAAUACACUUGUUCCAGUUUCUAUGCAGUGCCUUACAUGCGUGCAAAAGCAGGCUUACUAAUCAGAAAAUAAAUGAUUAUUAAUAAAGUUAACUAUCAGGAAAAUAACCCCUUCUACUCCCUCCCUCCAGCUUUUUGUGGUGAUAUAUAUUGGUUUUUAAAUUCCUGGUCAAUUCACUUGUAAAACAAAAACAAGCUGUUUUAACAGAUAUUCCAGAUUACAGUGUUUAAACUCUCUCCACCGUCAAUUGAUGCUAACACAAGAUGAACCACAGAAGAAUUGAUUACACAGUGGUAUCUUUGUAGCAGAACAAUAAAUUGAUACAAGCAGAAUGUAGGGCUAAACGCUGUCAAGAAGUUUUUCUGUGUAGAACAGUUGAAGGCAAUUAUCUAGGUGUCUGUUCUUGUGCAAAUUUUCCUUAGUUUGUCAUAUCCAGAACUAAAUUGGUACUGGACAGAUGACCCAGUUUUAGUGUCAGCCUGUUGGUCAAAAUAACAGGAAAUAUACACUGGAUAUUAGGAAGAAAAGGUUCAGAAAUUUUAAGCACUACAACUUAUGGUAGAUUGUAGUUUUUUGCACAUUCUGAUUUAAAACACACACACACACACAC